AUGGAGGAAAAAGUCCGGUCACCACCUGUUGAUAGGUACAAUUUGGCUUACGUUUUCCUGUUUUUGCACGGUAUCGGAUUUUUGAUACCAUGGAACGUCUUUAUUAAUGGCUAUGAGUAUUUUGAUUACAAGUUAAAUACAACAACGAGCUAUAAUGCGGACUAUCGUAUCAAUCUUCUAAGCUAUUUUGGUUUUGCUGCUCAGUUCCCUAGUUUGUGUUUUGCUGCAUGGAAUACAUUUUAUCAAAGUGGCUCUACGACCUCAACUCCACGAUUUCGAUUUUUGGGAUGUAUGAUCGUCGAGAUUAUUGUCCUUGUACUAACUAUUAUUUUGGCCUUGAUUGAUACUUCGAGCAUUCCAGGAACAUUUUUCCUUAUAACGAUUAUAUGUGUAGUGAUCAUUAAUAGUUGUGUUGGAGUUCACCAAACUUUAACAUUCGGCAUAGCUGCAUUGCUACCCAUGAAGUAUUCAAACGCAGUGAUAGUAGGAUCCAAUGCAUGUGGUGCAAUAAUUUCAUUAGUGAAUAUUAUUACGAAAUCAUUAACUUUAAGUGCAGUUAAAUCGCAAAGGUCAAUAAUUAUUUCUGCUGUUAUUUUCUUCUUAUCUGCAGUAUUAAUUAUUAUAGCUUGCACAUUCACAUUCUUUUGGUUACAACGUUUAAAAUUUGUUCGUUAUUACUCUAAACUUCGUCAGUGUGACAAUCAUAUAAAUGAAUCAGAAAGAUCCCAUAAUACUAUUCAAAACCAUAUUAAUACUAAUAAUAAUAACAGUGAUAACAACAAUGAAAGAAAAAUUCCUGCUCUUUUGACACUACCAAAAGACUCAGAAGAAAGCCAACAAAUAUUAGAUCGUUAUAGUCCACAAAUUAGCAAAAGUGAAUUUGAUGAAAAUGAUUGGGAUGUGGAACAACCGGCUGAAAAAUUAUUAAAUUCAUCUUCUAAUAAAGAACCAUCAAUACCAUCAACAAUGGCCACUACGAAUACUCAUAUAACUGAUCAGUUGGUAACUGGUAAAGUAAAUGAUGGCAAUAAGGAACACUUAGUAAAAAAAUACCGUUCUGUGCAGACUAGUGGUUGGUAUAUAUUUCGAAAUUGUUUUGGUCUAUGUUGUUUUAAACCACCUAGUGGUAAACAACGCUGUUUAGACUAUUGGUCAAAAUAUAGUUUAACUAUGAAAGAAUGUUGGAGCCAGUGUGCAAACAUUUGGUGUGUAUUCUCUUGUACACUAUCCAUAUUUCCGGCAGUUCAGUCACGUGUUAGACCAGUAAAUCCAGAAUAUUUUAUUCCACCUCUCUGGUUUGUUGAUGUGACUUGUUUCUUAUUUUUCAAUGUAUUUGCAAUGUUGGGAUGUAUUCUAUGUAACUGGAUACAAUUUCCAGGACCGCGUUAUCUAUGGAUUCCUGUAUUGUUACGUACUAUUAUCUUCAUUCCAUUCUUUUUAUCCUGUAAUUUCGGGAUUGAAAAUCCUCAUCUAUCUGUUCUGAUUACAAAUGAUCAUAUAUAUGUAUUAGGUUGUAUUUUAUUUGCAUUCAGUAAUGGACAUCUUGCAUCACUCGGUUUGAUGUAUGCACCAAGAUGUUGUUCACCUGAUCGAGCUCCGUUAGCUGGAAUGUUUGCCGCAUUUUUUUUAAUUCUUGGAGUAUUCACUGGAGUUUACGCUUCUCGAGGUCUAAAUAGUCUUAUAUAUUAA